UCGCUGGACCGCCGCUGAGGAUUUAGAGGAAACCGGGUCAGACUGAGGCUACGUUAUUCAUCUUUUAGCCCUCCCGAGACAUUUACAUCCACCUCCAAGCGUCGAAAGGGAAGGGAACAAACAUGGCGUUACCGAAAUGGGAGAGAAAAGCGCGCAUAUUUCUGUGCGUUUUCGGUUUGUUUUUGUCUGUUUACGCGCUGCACGUCGAGCUGUCCAGAGAGAGCGACCCAGAUUACAGGGCGAUGUGCGACCUGGCCGAGUCUGUGAGCUGCUCCAAAGUUUUCACCUCCAGAUGGGGACGUGGUUUUGGCUUGGUCCAGUUCUUUGUUGCCAAAGAUAGUCCUCUGAACCAGCCCAACAGCGUGCUUGGCAUCAUAUUUUACUCUCUGCAGAUGGGCCUGGGACUGUCUCUGUCCAAAAAGGCAGCCAUGUUUUUGGUCUUUGCCUCCUGGGUCUCUGUGGCCGGCUCACUCUAUCUCGCAUCAAUUCUCGCCUUUGUCCUGGGGGACUUCUGCAUGGUCUGCGUGUCGACAUACGUCAUCAACUUUGCGUUGCUCUUCACCAACCUGAAACGAAGGAGAGCCAUCGAAGGAAUGAAAGAAAAGGCUGGAUAGAAAGAGUCACCUGCGAAAUUCAACACCUUCAUUUUUUUUCUUGUCUGCUGAGCUGAAGCCGCACUGGAUCUGAGAAGCAAAUUCUCUCCCACUGUAUUUCUGCAUUGUAUAAACCUGUUCGGACUUUUCAGAGAAACAGGACUGGAGACGCAUAUCAGAAGAUCUCUGUAAGAUGAUAUACAGAAACUUGUUAAAGCAUCAUUUUUGUAUAUCAGUGUGCAUUUAUGAUGCUGAUUACACACGU